AUGGCAAAAGAAAACAUGAACGAAAUAUUUUCGACCGAUCUGAAUCUAAAUGAUCAAAACAAGUCAUCUUUCUAUUCAGAAGAUGAUAUUCCAACCGAACUAGAGCUACCAAAAUUACCAUACCCGCCUGAAAUUAAAGCUAGCGAAUUGGUCAGGGAUUUGCUAUUAAAAUAUGAAUCAAAGUCACCAAAAAUGUUGAAUGAAUUUUUUAUUUAUCGAAAAGCAUUUGUUCAAGCAUUCAAGAAAGAGAAACUUCGACCAAAGAUGACACAUGUAUCUUCGUUGGCAUCUGCAUCUUGGCAUAAGGAGUCAUCUGAUGUAAAAAAUGAAUAUAGAAAAAUUGCUCGUGAAGCUGAGCAAUUGUAUAUAAAUGAGAGAAAAAAAAGGCAACAGUCACAAACUACUGGUAAAAGGCAAACAUCAGAUUCUGAAAUAACAUCUACUUCAACUUCACCAGAAUCAACUUAUGAUCCCGUUUCCGGUCCUUCACACAAUAUGGUUGUCAAUGUUGCGCCUGAACCAUCAUUCAUUGAUGCUAAACCAGAUAAUUCAUAUUUGCAUAUAUCGAAUCAAGAUAAACUUACGGAAUUUUCUAAUGUAUCAUCAGUAUUCAAUAGUUCUUAUGGUCCUACUUCAUAUGAAGAUACACCCAAUUACUAUCCAGAAUUCACAGAGCAAAUCAUGUAUACACAAAAUCAACAACCUAUGAUGCAUCAUGAAACUUCAAUUCCGCUUACCAAUAUAAAUUUUGGCUUGCCAUAUCAACCGAUAAUUUCGUAUAAUUCUAGUAAUUCUGGGACACGAUAUCCAUAUUCUCACGUAUCUACUCAACCUUUAAAUUCACGCAAAGUAUCAGAUUAUAUUGAUAAUA